AGGAGGAGGAAUAAGCCUUUAACCAGGACCACCUCCUGCACCUGAGACCCACAAGGACCCACACCACAGGGGGGAAAACCAUGCAAUUUGACGGAGAUUCACUUGUGCCUUUGCAAACACCUCCAGGGAGUCCACACGUUCCUGCUCGUCGACGAGGAGGCGAUGUUUAGACGCAGACUUUGGACGCGUGUUUGCGCAGCUUGCCAACGUGUAAGAAGACACAACUAGAGAGCAGAAGCACCGUGGAUGUAGUCUCCAGGUCGGUGUCUGUGUCUGUGUGUGUGUGUUUCGGUUUCUCGCUGGUUUCGUUUUUAAAGAAGCGAGGAUGCAGGUGAAGAAGCACAGGGACUCGGAUCGGAGCGGAGGAGACAUUCUGGAAGGAGACGGCCUCCGAAAAAACACCUCAUGCUUCUCAAAUAUCAAGAUAUUCCUGGUGUCGGAAUGCGCCCUCAUGUUGGCUCAGGGCACCGUGGGAGCAUACCUGGUGAGUGUGCUGACAACCCUGGAGCGGCGGUUCAACCUGCAAAGUGCUGACGUAGGAGUGAUAGCCAGCAGCUUCGAGAUAGGCAACCUCGCUCUAAUCCUGUUUGUCAGCUACUUUGGGGCCAAAGCACAUCGGCCCCGUCUGAUUGGCUGCGGGGGUAUUGUCAUGGCGCUUGGCGCCCUUCUUUCAGCUCUGCCUGAGUUUCUCACUAAACAGUAUGAGAUUGGGGAAAUGUGGAGGACUGACGUGGGUCGGGACAUUUGCUCCAACACGAGCAGCGCUGACGCUCAGAUGGCUGAAGACGUGGUGUGCAACAACAGGACCAACACCAACAUGAUGUACCUGCUGCUGAUUGGAGCCCAGGUCCUGCUGGGGAUUGGAGCGACACCCGUGCAGCCCUUGGGGGUGUCCUACAUCGAUGAUCAUGUGAAGAAGAAAGACUCAUCACUCUAUAUAGGAAUCCUCUUUUCUACUCUGGUGUUCGGGCCGGCCUGUGGCUUCAUCCUUGGCUCUCUCUGCACUAAGUUCUACGUGGAUGCUAUCUUCAUUGACACCGAUAAGCUGGGCAUCACUCCAGAAGACCCGCGGUGGAUCGGGGCCUGGUGGGCAGGCUUCCUCCUGUGUGGUGCCUUACUCUUUUGCUCAGCUCUCUUCAUGUUUGGUUUCCCUCAGUCACUGCCCACCAAGGAGAGAGAGGAGGGGGCAGACAGUGAGCAAGUUAUGCUUCCUCCUUCUAUGAGUGCAGACUAUGAGACUCCAAAGCCCAGCAAUGGGGCUGUGCGCAACCACGAGCCUGCCAACAGCCCCACCUGCUGUCAGCAACUCAGAGUGAUCCCCAAGGUGACCAAGCACCUCCUGUCCAACCCCGUGUUCACCUGCAUCGUCCUGGCGGCCUGCAUGGAGAUCGCGGUUGUGGCUGGCUUUGCGGCCUUUCUGGGAAAAUACCUCGAGCAGCAGUUCAACCUCACCACAUCCUCAGCAAACCAGCUGUUAGGUAUGACAGCCAUUCCAUGUGCGUGUCUGGGGAUCUUCAUGGGCGGUCUGCUGGUGAAGAAGCUGAACUUGUCGGCGCUGGGAGCCAUCCGCAUGGCCAUGCUGGUCAACCUGAUCUCCACCGCCUGCUACGUCUCCUUCCUGUUCCUGGGCUGCGACACCGGCCCCGUCGCAGGAGUGACGGUCACAUACGGCAACGAGACUCUGCGGGUGGGCGAGAAACCAGACGCUCCAUGCAUCAGUAAAUGCAACUGCUUCACCUCCUCCAUCAGCCCUGUGUGCGGCUCCAACGGUGUCACCUACCUGUCUGCCUGCCUGGCCGGCUGCACCCAGACAGGCAGCGGUCGGACCACGUCAAACAUCUCACAGAACCUGACGGGAUGCGCUUGUGUGUCCUCCGAGAGUGAACUGGCCACAGCCGUCCCGGGGAAAUGUCCGAUGCCGGGCUGCCAGGAGUCUUUCCUCAUCUUCCUGUGUGUGAUCUGUGCGUGUAGCCUGGUCGGAGCCAUGGCCCAGACGCCCUCAGUUAUCAUCCUAAUCAGGACUGUGAGCCCUGAGCUGAAAUCGUAUGCACUUGGAGUGUUGUUUCUUUUGCUGCGACUCCUCGGAUUCAUCCCCCCUCCUCUGAUCUUUGGUGCUGGGAUCGACUCUACCUGCCUGUUCUGGAGUUCAGACUGCGGCGAUCGGGGUGCUUGCCUGCUGUACGACAACGUCGCCUACAGGCAUCUGUACGUGAGCCUCGCCAUCAUCCUCAAGGGCAUCGCCUUCCUCCUCUACGCCACCACGUGGUAUUGCUUACGCAGGAACUACAAGAAGUACAUCAAAAGUCACGAGGGAUACAUGACGCCGACCGAGUUUUACCCCUCUCUCACCGACGGCCCCAAACAAGUCGACAGGACAAAGUUUAUAUAUAACCUAGAGGACCAUGAGGUUUGUGAAAAUAUGGAGUCAGUUUUAUAGUUUAUUAUGCAAGAAAAGGACAAUGUGGACAUUCAUAUUCUCUCAAAGGAAUAUUUAAUUCUUCUUUUCUUGAGAGGAUAAAAUAAAGUGUUUUUGAUAAAGGCAAUCUAUUUGUCAGAGGCGACGCUGCUCUCCACUGCGCUCCACGUAAACUUUCAUGGGUCCAUUGUAGUCGUUUACGUAUCAGCGAGGUGUUGUCCAGUAUUGCCGGUGAAUUCCUGUGUUGACUCGGUGGUAGAGGACAGGCUAGAGUACUGUCAGGCUCAGUCCUAGCUGAUCAGUAGUGAGUGGACUUGAUGCCAUUACAACUAGUUGCCAUAUUGUUUUAGGUCUGUCAUGAUUCCAGUGGUCCGUGUGAAAAAUGACAGUUUCCUUUCAGUCAGUGCACUGUGUGUUCUGUCUGUCACGCUCUCAAAAAUGAGAUUUCUAUGAUAAGAAAAAGUUGGGUGGUUCUUCAGUUAUUCAUAUUUAAAAAGUUGCCAAGUGUUUACAAACUAAUAGUUCAGUUAAUGCAUUUUAUUGCAAUGCAGGAAGAUUUAUUAUAAGAAGAGAACAGAAAAACCCUGACUGGGUUAUUAUAGUGGCCUACUAGAUGUUUUAACUGUCUGAGAAAAAAGUCUAGUACAUUACAACAAGGUGGUGUUUUCAUGUCAUCAUGCACUGUUCAGUUUCUCGUUCUAUUGCUGGAACACAGCCACUGUUUUUGAUACUGUUUAGACUAGACUGUGAAGUCUUGUCUCGUAGGUGCAAAUGUGCAAUUCAUAUCUGAUACAUCCAUGUUUAUUACUAGACCGCACGUUUGUUUUUCAUUAUAGCAGUUUGUUUAAUUUCCAUAUUUGUUUUUACAUCUGCAGAGUUUAUCCAGCCUAACACGUCUUAAUAAGGGAUUAUUCAUACAAGAAUGUUAAUUAUAUUUUCUUUUGACGUUUGCACCUAAAUAGCAGAGCAAACAAGAAAAUCAAGAGUAAUGUGUUUUGGACAUUCAAGUAAAAGAGAUGGGGAGUAACAUAUUUGUUUCAUUAGGCCAGGAAUGUUUUAUUAGAUCGUUUUUGAAAGAACAGUAUAAAUUAUGUAUAAUCUAAUUGUCUGAGAUGUUUGUGUCUGCUGUCACAGAAGAUUUGGGACAAUUCAUAGCGAUGAAAAUAGUAUGUUGCAUUGUUGGGGCAAACAACAAAAAAACUAGGCCUGUAAUGUCUGGAAGGUGGCUGCACAAUUUAUUAAAAUUUUGUACAAUAAUACGGCUUUGGUUACAUUUUCGGAAUUCCAUUCGGCGCAAUAUUUGCAAGAGGCUAAAUGUGUUUUAAAAAUACAAUUUGAGAUUGAAUAUUGUUGUGCUGCAGAGACGUUCCCGCCCACAUAUCAUAUUCUACAGACUUAAGAAAACGUCUUUGUUUGCUACAGAGACCCGCAUCAAUCACGCCAUAAUCAUUUUAUGUUUUUUCAGCAAAAACAAGAAUGAUAAUGUAAAAAAUAUCAUUCCUACUAAUAUUGCAAAUCAUGUAGCAAUUGCAAUAUCAGUCAAACCACAAUUAGGUUUAAUUUAUCAAAACCGUGCAGUCCUAAUCUGGGAUAAGAAAUACAUUAAUACUACGGCAGGGUUUGUGUGUGCAAGGUCAAAACAAAAUGAACAAUAAGAACACACUGAAUUUAUUCCUGGACAUUUAUUUGAAGAACUCUUUGGUGCAACUCGGCACACACUGUACGACCUGUUGCUCUACUGAUCUCUCUGCAUUUAAAGUUUUGACAUUGUCCCUUUUCUUACACUUUUUGUAUGGCAACAUAUCAUUUAUUUUACUCUGGAAAUAAAUUAUUUUUCAGAAAAGAAA